AUGGCCGAAUGCUUACCGAUCGCCAACGAUCUUAUGAUGUUGGCCCCACCCUGGUGCCUCAUACUCCUCUCCAAGGACGGCAGGAGGGCGUGGAUUUGGGAGAUACCGGAUAGGAAGCUGCCCGCAACCGCCCGACAUGCGCCCUAUUUUAUGCCCGAUGAGCGCACUACGAUACCAUCGCUGGAGAUGGAUUCCGCGCAACUCUUCGAAAGCCUCGACUUUGAGGGAAAAAUCUUGCGUCGACAAGAACUGCGAGAACGGGCUGCGCAGGCGAGGAGUAUGGCAGAGACUGGAUUU